AUGAUCCGGGGCGCACCACGGAGAUCCGCGGCGGGCGGGCAUCUCCAGAGGAGAGGAGGCCCCCGGGAGGCGUUGCCGGCCGCCGAAGGCACCAAUCCCCGGCGAGGGGCUAGCCGAAACUCCCCCCCCUCGCCCCCUCCGGCAGCCCUUAUAAGUGACCGUCCGGCCGCCGCGGGAGCCGAGCCGAGUGGCCAACUUUCUCCGCCGUCGGAGCGCACGGGGGCCCCCUGCCGGGCAAACCGCGUCCGCCCCAGCGCCACCCGCCACGUGCCGGGGCUCAUGCAGGGAGCCGGGCAGCGCCUUCGCUCUCCCGGCCGCCAGCAGCAGCAGCAGCAGCAGCAGCUCCUGCCCGCUGAGAGGGGCGGGGGUGCCGCUGCUGCCGCCGCCGCCGCCUGCCCUAAGCAGCUGACCUCUUUCCUCAUCCAGGACAUUCUGCGCCAUGCUGGCGAGGCGAGGCGGAGGGGUGGCCGGGCUGCUCCGGGCUCUGAGCCGCAGCAGGCGCAAGAGCCGCGCCAAGGAGGGGAUUCUCCCGCGGAGGCGACCCCGAGGGAUCUUCUUCUCCCGGUUGGAACCAUCAAAGCCCCCGAGACGGAUGCAGCAGAACCACCUGCGGAGACCUGCCUGUCCAACUGUGAGAGCUCUCCCAAGUCCUCACUGAGACCCCUGAAGCAACAGAAGCGCUCGCGGGCCGCCUUCUCCCAUACUCAGGUCAUCGAACUCGAAAGGAAGUUUAGUCACCAGAAGUACCUGUCCGCCCCGGAGCGAGCACACCUAGCCAAGAACCUGAAGCUCACCGAAACCCAAGUGAAAAUCUGGUUCCAGAACCGAAGAUAUAAGACCAAGAGGAAGCAGCUUGCCACAGAACUUGGUGGACUCGAUAAGAACUCUGCCCUUCCGGUCUUCAAAGAAAAUGACUUCUCCAGGGCUACCCUGGCCCUCUCUGUGUAUCACAACUACCACUACAAUCCAUACUUAUACUACUUGAACGGCUGGAGUCCAGUCUUGUGGUAA